CUUCCUACUCAUUGCCGGUCCGAUUUUUAAAACCUCGCUAAAUACAUCAAUGCUAAUCACUUCCCACAAAUCUCCGUCUCCAAUAUCCCGAAGCUCUCCACGCGCAGAGAAGAGGAAGUCGAGACGGGAGCUCGCUGAAUAAGAAGGCAUUGACGCGAGCAGCGGCGUGUGAAGAAGAGGAGUUCGUGAGACUUUCCUGCUUAAGUUGAAUACACCGAAUGGCAGGAUUUAAGCCAAAACGGAGAAACGGGAUUUAAGAUACUUAGCAAUUAAAAUGUCUGUUGUUGACCGUUUGGCAGGAUUGCGCUAAUUCCCGCGCCCUAAAAUCGCCACAGAACCUUCUCGCCGUUUCCCUUCCUCCUUGAAUGCAUGACGAAGCUCCAAAAAGCUAAGGCGUCGAUGCGACCAUUGGCUAAGAAGAAGGGGGAGAGUGGAGGUGAGUCCUUCGAGUUCUGCGAGGUUUGCAACCUGAACCACGACCAGGGGCGACGCCACCGGUACUUUCCCAAGCACAGCCGCACCCUCGCCAACACUCUAUCCCGCUUUCAGAACAAGCUCUCCGAACUCCAAUUCUUCAUCCGAAACCCUAGCUUUCUACGUUCAGAGCAUGCCGCCCUAAAUCGUAUAUGGUGCGUCUUCUGCGCUCUCGAUAUUAGCGAGAUUGGCGACUAUUUCGUCUGCGGCAAUGCUAUUCGUCAUUUGGCGAGCGAGUUGCACUUUUGGAAUCUAAAGAGGUAUCUUUGGAAGCACGGGGGAGGGAUCGAUCGGGUCGAUUUAUUUAGAGUUUCAGAGGCAGAUCUCCUGAAGUGGGAGAAAGGAUGCGAGGCAUUGAAGAAUGUUGCUUCAAGUUCAAGUGAAGGGCCAAUAGGGCCAGUUUUGGGGCCGUCAAAAGAUAUCCAAUUCAAGCAUGAGCUUAACUCCAAUAAAAUGGAUAGUUUUAAUAACCAUUCUAUUAGUUCUUUUAGUUCAAAUGUUUCUCAUCCUGUUUUGCCUUUACAAAUAUAUACAAAUGAGAAUUAUGGGGUAUGCCACCCAAACGAUAAUGGCUCUGCAACUGCUGCCCAUGUUGACAAGGACUCGAUUCCUUUGUCAUUGGGCCUGCGGGGAAAUGUUUAUAUACUUAUAUUUAGAUUUGUAAAUAAGUCAGGUGUCGAAUGUAAACGCGUGGACUUCAAAGGAAAAAGAGGACAUGUGGAGACUGUAGUGUACAAUAUUGGAACUGAUUAUAGGGAGAGCAAUGGAGCCUUGCAGAUGCUUACUCCUAUUGCUUUACCUUCUGAAGGAUCUCCAGCAAAUGUACAUACCGGUGGUUUGCCUCCCUGGUUAGAUAUGUGUGAUGAACGUGAGAAAAGUCUUCUUAACUUUGGAGCACAUAUGAAUAAUCAUGCUCCUUUAGCACAUAAGGGAAAGUCAAAGAAGUUGAACCCUAAACGUGUAGGGGCUGCAUGGGCAGAGAAGAGAAGGAUUGAACUUGAAAUGGAGAAAACUGGAGAGAUUGUUAAGGACAGUGUUGAUGCCAAUUGGCUUCCCAAUUUUGGCAGAGUUUGGCAAGCAGGCACUCGUAAGGAAUCUAGAAAAGAAUUUGAGCGGGAAAAUAAAAAAAUGUUCAAGGAUGUCUUGCAUUCGGAGGCAUCAUCCAUGCUGCAACCAUAUAUAAGUAAACGAAUGCGAAUGGGCUCUUCCAGCAAGGUUGAAGCAGCUGAACCAUUUAUAGAGCAGCAGUGAAGGUUUUGAGUCUCUGACAAGCAAAGGAAUGUACAUAAAUCAAGGUAAUCCUAGAAAAUUUGGAGAAAAUUCUCCAUUUACUCAAUAGACUUAUAGACCCUCCUUGUAUGUGUUUUGCUUCACUGAAGCCUGAUAGUGAUUUGUUCUCUACUUCAUGAAGUAAACUUCUGUUGCUUUGGAUACAAGUAUUUGUCAAUGAUAGUGAUUUUUGAACAUAGAUUUUGUAAACUUUGUAUUGAUUUAAGUACAUAGAUUUGUAGAAGUCAAUGGCGAUCAAGAAAGGUUUUGUUAUAAGAAUUUUGAGA